AUGUGUGUAGUUUCAAUUUGUCCUAAGAGAUUCAGUCACCAGUUAACGUAGUUGAAACCUUUUUGGACUUCUUCUCUUCUUUUGUCAUGGCGAAUUUCAUUUCGCUCAGUGCAGUAGUCCUCGGUUGCAUCCUGCUGACCCACGCGGAACCACCGGCAUCGGUUAACAGCUAUUCUAUCAGCGGGGAGAACAAUGGUUUCGAGUAUAACAGCAAUAUUAUCAACGGUGCCUACAUACCUGGGAAAGAAGGUCAUAGAGAAAACAUGGACUUUUACGGUGGAGGAAAUACUGGACACUCGUUGACCAACAGCAGGAGCCAAGGAAACCUCGAUGAAAGUUUAAGGAGCAGCUCUUACAACGGAUUUUCACCCAGUUCCCAUAAUACUGGUUUCUCUACUACUUAUACUACUGCUACCACUCACGAUAAUCUUGCGUCGAGCUCUUAUUUCCCUAACAACGCUGCACAAUCCAGUUUUGACAGUUAUAAUAAUAACAACAACAAUGCUGAUUCGGGUUUCGAGGCUUACACGCAAGGCAGCGAUCAAGCUGGGUCGGAUUUCAAUCAAUUCUCCGCUAACAAACACAAGAAUCCUUCUUAUAUGAGAUUUUCUGAUAACAUAUCCGGUGCUACUAAUACAGGAAGCUAUCCAGAGACUUCAGAGGCUUCUUCGUUUAGAGGAGAUUAUUCUGGAGAUUCUUUUAGGAGUCACACAUCUCAAAAUACAGGAUUCAUAGACAGUGCUGACCCAGCUUACAACAGAGAAGUUUCUAAUCUCUUCAACAGCCCUAGUACCGAUUAUUCGUACGGAAAGCAUAAAGAAAAUACUUUUGGAGGAAGUAACAAGUUCAUGACCGACAUCUACUCCAUGAAUCCUGAUACUCGCUACGUGCGAGGAAAUCACGGGAAUAUGGGACGUGAUUAUACUUCUUCUAUGUUUUUGGCCAACUCUGGCCAAAGCAGUCCAUUCGGCAACGUUCGAGGAAGCGCUGGUGCUUAUGGAUCAGGAAAAUUCGGCAAGUAUAAUAAGCAUUUGGGUGAUUAUACCUCCAGUGCAGGUUUGAACUACCUUUCGAAGGAGCAAGACGUUGAUUACUUGCUCAGUAGUUAUGGUAAAGGCAGUGGAAAACUGGCCGCGAUUAAAGAAGGUAGACCGAGCAGUUAUGUUAGCCAAUCUUAUCUUGGCGGACCUUCGUACCUUAAUAAGAUUAUUGGAAGUUAUAAGAGUAAACCCAGCUUCAUGAAUUCAUAUCAUAGCAGUUCACCGAUUGGUUAUUCAUCGAUGUCUGGCUUACAUGGUAGUUCCAGUGGUAACAGUUAUGCAGAUAGUCCACCACUGAGAAGAUAUCGGAGCAAUAGCUACAUACCAGGGCAUGCUAGUCCAUAUCCCGGUUAUUAUUGAUACGUUAGACAAGCGUGAGGGAAGUAUGUUAUGUUAUGUUUUGUACAUAUUUAUUAUAUGAAAUAUUUAAUUUUAAUUAAAUACUGUUUAUGUUUGUUGUUUAAAAUAAAAUUAUUGUAUAAAUGAA